UCCUGUCGGGCAGUUGGAUGUGGGAAGUGUCAGAUAGAUUCGUAGUUGGUAAAAGUUUAGUUGGAGUGUAUUAGUUGAGGCACAGCUACUGUAAAGAAGAAGCUUGGACUAAUUGACGGAUACCAAAGGCUGCUGCAUCAGGGAACCAAAAUGGGGAGUGAGCCUUGCUCAGUUCAAAUAGUCCGGGUAAAUAAGGAGGAUCACUCCUUUGACCUUGACACUGAGGCCUUGGAGAAGGUUCUUCUUGCCCCAGAGGUCCGAGACAAGCAUGUAGUCGUGCUGUCCGUCGCUGGGGCCUUCCGUAAGGGCAAGAGCUUUCUUCUAGACUUCAUGCUUCGGUAUAUGCGCAGGAGGAACGAAGAGGACUGGUUGGGACAGGAUAAUGACGAACUUACCGGGUUCUCCUGGAGGGGGGGUUCAGAACCUGAGACCACAGGCAUCCAGCUGUGGAGCGAGGUGUUCUUGGUGGACAAGAGUGACGGCACUCAGGUUGCUGUGCUUCUAAUGGACACUCAGGGUGCCUUCGAUAACCAGUCCACAGUGAAAGACUGCGCUACAAUCUUUGCCCUCAGCACAAUGACCAGCUCCAUGCAGAUCUACAACCUCUCACAGAACAUCCAGGAAGACGACCUCCAGCAGCUCCAGCUUUUCACAGAGUAUGGUCGUCUUGCAAUGGACGAAAUCUUCUUGAAGCCCUUUCAGUCCCUCAUGUUCGUGAUUCGAGACUGGAGCUUCCCCUAUGAGUACAAGUACGGCUUAAGCGGAGGGAGGGAGUUUCUGGACAAACGACUGCAGGUCAAGGAGACUCAGCAUGAGGAAUUGCAGACAGUGAGAGAGCAUAUUCAUUCCUGUUUCACCUCAAUUUCCUGUUUCCUUUUACCACAUCCUGGGUUAAAAGUGGCCACCAGUCCUUCCUUCAAAGGCCAACUCAGUGACGUGGCACCUGAGUUUAAAGAGGAGCUGUGCAACCUAAUCCCCUCACUGCUGAAGCCUGAUGCGCUGGCCGAGAAAGAGAUCAACGGCACCAAGGUGACCUGCCGAGGCCUGGUCGAGUUCUUUAAGGCGUACAUCAAGAUCUACCAGGGCGAAGACCUGCCACACCCAAAGUCUAUGCUGAUGGCUACAGCAGAGGCCAAUAACCUUGCAGCUGUCGCUGCAGCCAAAGACCAAUAUUACAAGAACAUGGAGAAGGUAUGUGGAGGAGACCUGCCCUACGUCGCCCCUACCUCACUGGAGGAGAAGCACAAGUUCUGUCUCAAUGAUGCCCUCCAUCUCUUCACCGCCACUAAGAAGAUGGGAGGCCAGGAGUUCUGCGACCGCUACCAGGCCCAGCUGCACGCCGAACUGGAGGAGCUCUGGACUUCCUUCAGCAAACACAAUGAGUCAAAGAACGUCUUCAGUGCAUUCCGAACGCCUGCCGUGCUUUUUGUCCUUGUGUGCCUCCUGUACGUGCUGUCUGGUAUCCUGCUCUUCAUCGGCCUGGCUUCUGUUUCGUUUGCGUGUGACUGUGCCCUGGGUGUGUCCAUGCUCUCCAUGCUGACCUGGGCGUUCAUCCGCUACUCAGGCCAAUACCACGGGGUGGGCACUGCCAUAGACCAGGCAGCGGGAGUGUUACUGGAGCAGGCUACUGUAGUGCUGAACAAGUCGAGAGGUCCCCCCGCCCUUCAGGAAAAGAAAUCAAGCUAGAAGCUCCCUGCCAGUCAAGAAAUCACAAAGUAUGAUGUAUCCAGAAAAGCAGCCAAGAGGAGUUCCCUCAUGUGUGCUCUUGUGUACAAACACAAACAGUGUCUACACUACGUUUAAAAGCACAAAAGCACCUGUAUCUACCAAAACAAAAACAAAAAAAACACAGAAGUAUGACAUCACCAGCCUGCAUCUGAUAUCAGAUGCUAUGCGUUUGCUGGCUUAAUAUAUGCACAACCUUUUUUAAGCUGACUUCAUACCAUCACUGCCAAUAACCAGCUUAUUGUAAAUGUACGAUCAAGUUAGAUGACUUGAAGCUAAAAUAAGCCAAUUAGUAAAUUUGCACUUUUCUUAAAUUUGGUUGAAAUCAUUAUGGCUUUUUUUUUUUUCUUCUCAGAUUUAGUUGAAAACAUUUUGGAACACUGAUGGUGUAUAUGCUGACAUAUAAACGAAAACUGAACUUUGUUCUGCUGCCUAUUGUUCAAGCUUCGCUUGCGUCGUAACCGAUGCCAUUUGUGCAUUCCAGUUUUGUCCCCUUUGACUCCCCUUUGACUCCUGUUCCUCAUAUCAGAAGCAUGUUAAUUGUUUCGCCGGGGAAUUCUGUUGUAAUUCCGGGUCUCGGUCAAUCUUCAUUCCUGUCUGGACUGACGGCACUGACUGUUCAACUUUUGCUUGAAAGGUCUCCCCACACCUGCGCUCGCUAUGUUGUCAAUCUAAUGCUUCUCAGGGGGCAGAGAGAUACGUCACGUCACGUCCCCUCUCGGACCCUGUGCUCUAGAGCUGAGAACUGUUUACAGUCACUCUAAAACCUUAUAGAUUAUGUGGUGCUCCCUUCUUCUCAUUUUACCACAAAUCUGUGAUGGACCUGAGUCUCCAAAGAUGUUUGUCAUAUCCAUGUUCUGUGUCCAGUCAAAAGAAAACAACACUCAACAGAUUUUUCUUCUUUUUUUUUUUUUUCUUUCUUUCUUUCCGGUCCAUCAUCAGUCAUGAGUGUGUUGGUGUCCCUGGUUGGUUGAGGUUUGCCCCUUUUUCAUGCUUUAAGAAAAGUGAUGCUACCAAAUACGAAAAGGGACUCUCUGGAUCCACCGGCAGCCUGAUGAUGAUGCGCUUAUCAGCUGAGGUUCCCAUAACCAUCCCUGUUUGAUAUUUCUUCUCAUCACAUUCCAUCUGUCAUUCAUUCCAUGACUGAGUAGUCUGUGUGAGGAGUGUUCUAAAAUGAUCCUGCCCACAUUUGCAUUGUGAUGUCACGUUUUUGUUAUUCAUUCCAGAAAUAAAAUGUAUGCAUGGAAUUCAUUUUCUCGUCAGCUUUUAAAGCUGUUGGUAUAAGUCAUAUUUUUGAACAGAUUUGAGCGACAAUAACCAAAUAAAGAGUAUUUUAUGCAUUA